AUGGAGUGCAGUAAGCAAAUCUCACGGAUUACCUUAUCCGGAGAAUUAUUGUUCGGUCCACACAUCCAAGCGAAUGGAAUGCGGCAAUUGUUCCCUUGUUGGGAUGAACCGCACUUCAAGGCCACGUUUAAUAUUUCAAUAAUACAUCCUCGCUAUUAUUCGGCUUUAUCAAAUAUGCCGACAAGGAAAAUGACCUAUGAAAGUUAUAGUGAUUCAUUACGCACCAACUUCCAUAUUACUCCUCUAAUGUCUACUUUUCAAAUUGCGAUAGUUGUGACUGAUUAUUAUGACCUUAAAAUUAACGAAAACGUUACUUUGUGGUGCGACUGUUAUUCAGUAGAGCAGUCUCCCCGAUUGGAGUUUACACGAAGAAUCAUAAAUGAUAUCACAUUGCACUUAAAAUCUGAAUUCAGUGGGAUAAAUAUUCCAAAAAUGGAUCAUGUUGCAAUUCCAAAUUUUCCACAAGACGGCACAUCGAAAUGGGGGCUCAUCUUUCAUACAGAAGCCAAUCUUAUAUGUGAUGAACAAUCAGAUUCAUUUAUGCACAAAAUAAAAGUCGCACGUUUAAUAGCACCCAAAAUAGCAUAUCAAUGGUUUAGUAACGUAUUCAGUUAUAAUUGGUGGACUCCAUUCUGGUUACACGACGGACUUGCUACUUUGUUUGGAGAAGAAACCAUCGCUAAGAUCUUCAAUGAUUCUAAAAUCAUGGAUUUCCUCAUAGUGCAGAAUCAAUACGAAUCUCUUCAUUUGGAUUCUCACUUUGACAUGAAUCCUCAAAUCAUCAACCUGUUGGAAAUUGAUUCACUUUUCAGUUUUCCUCGUUAUUUAAAAGCACUAACUGUUUUACGCAUGCUCCAAAGUGCAAUUACCGAUAAAGUGUUUCGAAAGAAUGUUCGUACAUAUGUAAACAGAUACUCAACGGUUUCUUUUGAUUUCUGGUCCAUGCAACCUAUAAAAGCAUUUAAAUGUUAUAUACCAUCAGAUAAGUUCUUAACUUGGAUAACGUAUAGGCAUUAUCAAAUUGUAACCAUGGAGCAAGAUGAAACUGAUUCUUACAUUGGAAGAUUGUCGCAGAUGUAUAAUCCAAUCGGUCAGGAAAGAUGGUGGAUACCAAUGAAUUUAAAAAAUUAUAACUUACCGAUCGCAGAAACAUUCAUGGAAAGUUUGACAACAUGUUUAACACCAGAUUCACCGUCUGUUACUUUAUAUGUGCAACACAUUGAUUGGACAUAUGAUUGUAUAGUCAACAUACAGCGAGCAGGAUAUUAUCGUGUCAAAUAUAAUUUAAAAGGCUGGAACGCAAUUGCAAAUUAUUUAAAUUCAACAGCUGGAGAAUAUGAAGGAAUUAGUGUCAUCAAUCGUGCUAAAAUCAUUGAUGAUGCGUUUCAUUUGAUGAUGGAACAUCAGCUCGACGUAUCUAUAUUUUGGAACCUCACGCAAUUCUUAUCACAAGAGACAAAUUAUGUAGUAUGGUAUCCAAUGAUUAAAGUGUUCGAAUAUAUGUCCACUAUAUUUCCGUUUCCAGAAGACGAAAUUAAGUUCAUCGACGAUAUUAAGGCAAAAUUUAGAGAAUUAUUGGAUAAGCCAGUAAUGGCAAUACUACUUAGAAAACACCUAAUGGAAAAUGGCUUUACUGAAUCUUUCAAACAAGAAAUAUUAAAAUGGUCUUGUACGCUCAAACAUAAUCAGUGCGCAAGGUUGGCCGAAGAUACGUUAGGAGACCAUCUUCAGAAUCCUGAAAUAGAACCAGUUUCAUCAGAGUGGAAGCACUGGACAUAUUGCAGAGGUUUUAUAUUAUGCCAUCAUGCUGAUUAUUCCAUGUGGGACAAGGCAAAGAAUAUAUGGUUCUUAAAACCUGAUCACGAUCUGUUACCAUUUUUAGCUUGUUGUGAAUCCGAAUCGAUACUUACAGAAUAUCUGCCAGAUCUAUUUUUUAGUCGAUUUACACAAAAUCAAAGGGAAGAUGUUGCGGUUAUUCGUUCUCAUAUAAACACUUUUCAUUCAAUUGUCAGUAAGCAUGCUAAUACCUACAACAUACUUCGAAAGAUAUUAUUGAACUUGGUAAAAAUAAAACCAAAAGAAAUUAAUACGUUAACAGCACUAACAGAUAUUAUUAAUUAUGUGUAUUCCAUACCAAUUCUGAGCCAGGCAAACCAUAAUUUUCCCGAUGAACUGAAAAAUGUGGGAUACUACAUAAGUGAGAAUCAACUUUCAAGUAUUCAACAUAAGAUACAAACACGAUUGUCCGAAAUUAACAGACAUAUAGAACAUUUUCAGUUUGUAAAUGUUCCUUAA